AUCUCUGACCUAAAGGCGCACGAGUGACGUAAUCAAAGAGCGACUACUCGAGAGAAGAUGGCUUCUCGCUUUGGCAUGCACUUGCCUUCUGGUUAGAUUCACGAACUUUUGACCAGAUCCUGUAAGUUAUAUGUUCUUGUUUAAAUUAGCGACGAUUGCAUUGACAAAACUGGGUUUAAAAUAAACCUAUGAGAUAUCUUAGUGGGUCUAAGGAACUCACGAAUACUUGUGCUUUAAAUACAAAAGGACAAUUCUUAAGAGAAUAAAUAGCUGAAUAUUAUUUAAAUCUAUUAAUUCUAGAUAUAAGUACUAUUAAAUAUAUCUCUUUAAAGUUAGUGUGUAUUAUUGUAUGUGGGUUGAACAUUAAAAGAGACCUUAAUUCGCAAAGCAUUGAGAUUUUGAGACAGAAUUAGUUAUUUAAUAUACAUAUUACAUAAAGGGAAAUGGGAUCUCUUGUUGUGUCAAAAUCAAGGACUUGCAUAAAGCAUCUCUGCACAUCAUGGGAUGUCAACCGUUUGUAUCUCAGGCCUGCUUUGGCUUGUUUACAACAACACAACAUUAUGCAUGCUGUCCGGUUUAUCAUAAACCAACAAACACUAUAUUACAGCACAAAAGGAGACAAACAAACACACAGCCGAGUUUCCAAAGAAAAAGGGUUCACUCCCAGAACGAGGCCUGCAUUCCCCAAUUCAGUAUUUACUGCUGGAACGGCCAAAAGAACUGCUGAAUAUAUGAAAAAGAGAGCUGGGGCGGAUACAGAAGAGCUGGCAAAUAACACACCCACGAGAGGAAGAGGAUCUGUGAAAGUUGCCCUUCCUAAUCAUCCGCUGACCACAUCCGAAUGGGCAAAGCUCAAAGAGAGCUCCUCCAAACCUGAACGCUUUGAGAUGCAAACGAUGGAAGGACUGCUGGCCACUAAUGCAGACAUCAACAUCGCCAAAUCUCUCUUGGUCUACGUGGUUCAGGACAAAGGCACCCUUUCCUAUGAACUCCUUUUGAGAUAUCUCACGCUGUGUGUCACAGGUGGACACCACUCAGAGGUGUUUGACACUUAUGGCAUCAUGAGAACUUGCUUUAAAACUCUUGACUCUGGAGCCUCGUCCCUGUUUAUUAAAGGCUUCAGUCAAACUGAACGCUGGAGGGAGGCGCUUGUGGUGCUGGAGGGGAUGAAAAAGGCCCUCCUGCCGUCUCCUCGUAACUAUAGUGAUGCCAUCGCUGGGGCGGCGCUUCAUGGUGACGCUGAGACGAGCUGGAUGCUGUACGAUGAGCUCCUGGAUCUGGGUCUCGUACCUAAUCAGGACACCUGGCAGUGCCUGUUUCAGAGCGGCAUCACUCAGCGAGGACAGGAGGACAAGCUCUUUUCUGUUCUGUCAUAUAUGAGAGAUAAUCAGAUCUACCCAGAGGAGCCGCUGAUUCAAACUAUCAAAGCUUGGUUUGAGAGUUUCCCGGAUCAGAAAUGGAGUGGGAGGUUCUCAUACGUGGCCCCCAGUGGAGAGUGCGAAAAUUGCAAGGCAUCGCUUGAAUCCAUUCAACUGACUGAGGAAGAGUAUGCUGAGCUGAAGGACAAAGUGAUGAAGAAAGUGAUAGAAGGAAGUGACGUCUUCAAGAAAACCACCCCAGAGGAGCUUGAAAGCUUUAAGAGGUUCGUGAAGCAGAGACCUCCCUUUGAUAUUGUCAUUGACGGUCUUAAUGUGGCUAACACAACACCCAAAGCCACCCACUCUGAGACGUUGCUGGCCGUCGUGUCGGAGCUGGAACAGCAGGGUCUGAACAUCCUGGUCCUUGGCAGGAAGCACAUGCUACAACCUUCCCGGAACUGGGACAGACAAAACAUGAACAAGAUCAAACAGAAAGCCCACUGCUUCUUCACCGAGAACAUAUCUGAGGACGACCCGUUUCUGCUGUAUGCUGCUUUGCACUCUGGCGUUCACUGUAACUUUCUUAGUCGUGAUCUGAUGAGAGAUCACAAAGCCUGCUUGUCAGACAGCACAACCAGACGUCUCUUCUUCAAGUGGCAACGUGGCCAUCAGCUGGUGAUCAGUCAUUACGUCCCAGGAAAAAGAGUUCGAUUUCAGAGGACCCCGGCUUAUGACACCAUCGUUCAGACGUCUGGCAGCUCCUGGCACAUUCCUUAUGAUGAGAAUAGAGGAGAUAGAGCCACAUAUGAAGUUCCUCAGAAAUGGCUCUGCCUCACUCAAGAAUAUUGAGCCUGGAGUUACUACUAGUGUCCUUGCUGAGAAAUAUCAAAUAAAUAAUGCUUUGCAAAA